AUGACCCUCGCAGUGGUGACCUGUCGGCUCCUCUCAAAGGCGUUUGGAGCGCACGGCGGCUUCGUCGCGUGCUCCUCGCCGCUGCAUCAGCUCCUCCUCUCGCGCGGCCGAGCAGGCAUCUACUCCACCGCACUGCCGCUGCCGGCGGUGGCGGCGGCGGACGCCGCUCUCGCCCUCGCCACACCGCAGCGGCGCGCGCAGCUCUGGGCGCGCGUAUGCGCCUUCGAGGCGGCCAUCGGCAGCGCGCCUCGCCAGGCCUGCGGCGCCGCGCGAGGCCCGCUGAAGGCGUGCGGCUGGCGCAGCCCGAUCGUGCCGAUCGAGGUGGGGAGCGAGGCGGCGGCGCUCGAGGCGUCGGCGAGGCUGCAGCGGUCCGGUUUCCUCGUGCCCGCCAUCCGCCCGCCCACCGUGCCCGAGGGGACGUCCCGCUUGAGGGUGGUCGUCACGGCCGGCCACGAGGAGGAGGAGGUGGCGGAGCUCGCUCGCGCGCUGAGCGAGUCGGGCGUGCUGCGGCUGCGGGACGCGCACGCGCGCGGGGAGGGGGAGUACUAA